AAGCCAAAGCCAAAGGGCGUUACCGAAAUUUUGCAGCGGAACACUGCUGCAACGGUUGCUUUCGUAGAGUCUCUGCUGAGUUUAGAUUCAGUACGUGUUGACAUCGACGUAGCGCAGUAAGGUAGCGGAAAAGGCUGCAGCGGAAGCUGUUUCCGAGUCAUCAGAAUGCGACGUCGCGUUGGUGGAGUUGGAGCCAUCCAAAAGCAGCAGCUGACCCAGGCACGGUUCAAGGACCGAGGCACGGAGCUUGCCGAAGAGCAGCUGCAACAAAUGACUCGGCAGAUGGAGGCAUUCCGUGCCAAGCUGCAGGGAUUCGCCGCCAGACAUAAGAACGAUAUCCGCAAGAACCCGCAGUUUCGGCGACAGUUCCAGGAAAUGUGUGCCACGGCCGGAGUUGACCCUCUGGCGUCAAGCAAGGGCUUCUGGGCCGACAUGCUUGGAGUCGGCGACUUUUACUACGAGCUUGGCGUCCAGAUAAUCGAAGUGUGUCUCGCGACAUCGCACCGAAACGGCGGCCUAAUGAGCCUCGAAGAGCUCAGGGAAAGGGUGACUAAAUCUCGCAGCAGCGCCCAAAGGCAAGAAGAAAUAACACAGGACGACCUACUGCGAGCCAUCGAGAAGCUCAAGGCGCUGGGAAAAGGAUUCCAACUCAUCUCUAUCGGCUGCCGGUAUUUAGUUCAGUCAGUGCCUACAGAACUAAGCCUCGACCAUACUACCGUUAUCAAGCAGGCCGGAACUACAGGCUACGCUUCGGUGGGUUCUUUGGUGCAGGAUUUGGGCUGGGACAACGAUCGUGCGCAGAAGGCUCUCGAAGAUCUUCUAAAGGAGGGCCUGGUUUGGUUGGACACGCAGGCGCCUAAGGAACACCUGUACUGGUUUCCCGGACUUGUUAGGUAGUUUGAUAGGGCUGGUGUGCCGCUCUGCCUAGACCGUUUUGCCUUGCACGUCAAUACAGGCGUUUUCUGUUGCUCGUGUGUGUGACGCUGGAAUGCUGUUACAGUGCCCUAUGAGCCAGUUACUUUAUAUUGCCACCAACGAACUACGUUGCUUGAUGACAAAGUAGGGAAUAAAAUGUUUGCCAUGCGACAUGCCAUUACUGUCGUAUCACAGUUGCCUUUAAGAAGUGUGUGGUUGA